AUGACAAGAGGAGCGUUAAAAGUGACCAUCAUACUGGUCGGAUUGGGCCUGGCUUUGGCCGGAUCUCGGCCUAUUUCUGAUUGCGGUGAGCGCAUUGAGGACGAUGGCUACCCGAUGGAGCGCCACGAAGUGGUCACCAGUGACAACUACAUCCUGACCAUGCACCGCAUACCGUAUUCCCCCAAAACGGGUGACUCUUCCAACCGACCGGUGGCCUUCCUCAUGCACGGCAUGCUGAGCUCCUCCUCCGAUUGGGUGCUCAUGGGUCCAGAGCGAUCCCUGGCCUACAUGCUGGCCGAUGCCGGCUACGAUGUGUGGAUGGGCAAUGCCCGAGGUAACACCUACUCCAAGGCGCACAAGUACUGGCCCACUUACUGGCAGAUCUUCUGGAACUUCAGCUGGAACGAGAUCGGCAUGUACGACGUUCCGGCAAUGAUUGAUUACGUCUUGGCGAAGACUGGACAGCAACAGGUGCAAUAUGUGGGCCACUCCCAAGGCACCACUGUCUAUCUGGUGAUGGUGUCCGAGAGACCCGAGUACAAUGACAAGAUCAAGUCCGCCCAUCUUCUGGGACCCGCCGCCUAUAUGGGCAACAUGAAGAGCCCCUUGACCCGCGCCUUUGCACCCAUUUUGGGCCAGCCCAAUGCCAUUGUGGAGGUCUGCGGAUCCAUGGAGUUCAUGCCCAGCAACAAGUUCAAGCAGGAUUUGGGCAUCGAGAUGUGCCAGGCCACUUCACCCUAUGCCGACAUGUGCGCCAACGAGAUCUUCCUGAUUGGAGGCUACGAUACCGAUCAGCUGGACUACGAACUCCUUGAGCACAUCAAGGCCACGUCUCCGGCUGGCGCAUCUGUGAACCAGAACCUGCACUUCUGUCAGGAAUACAACUCCGGAAAGUUCCGUAAAUUCGACUACACCGCUCUCCGUAAUCCGUAUGAGUACGGCAGCUACUUCCCUCCGGAUUACAAGCUAAAGAAUGCCAAGGCCCCGGUUCUAUUGUACUACGGAGCCAAUGACUGGAUGUGCGACGUGAGCGAUGUCCGCAAGUUGAGAGACGAACUGCCCAACAUGGCGCUGGACUACCUGGUGCCGUUCGAGAAGUGGGCCCAUCUGGAUUUCAUUUGGGGCACUGAGGCCAGGAAAUACGUGUACGACGAGGUCUUGAAGCAGAUGCGAUCCUACGAAUAGAUUUAUUUUUCAGGCA